UUGAAGUACUUUUCACGAUCCAUACACAUACAUGGAAUUCAACAACACUAAUUUGUUCUUGGUUUCCUUCUUUUCUGUAUUCUUAUUCCAUUCCAUCAUCCCUGCACUAGUUUCACUCUCACAAGAAACUCUUACUUCCACCACUCCCCCUGUACUCGUGCCACGACUCGAAACAUGGGCUCGCGCAAUGCAGCUCCACCCGAGUCACCCCAAUUCCCAUCCCACUCUUCAGCAAUGCAAGCAUCCGAAUCCUAUUCUCCUCCACCAACCACUCCAUUCCUCGAUGGGAACUUGGGAAAGACAAUGAAAUCCAUUGCACGCUUCACUUCCAUUCAAGCUCAAAGGCUUUCCACCACCAAAGGACAUGAAGCCAAGGUCCUUAAAAUUUGUAAAGAGAGCUAUGACAAUGCGUCAACCGAUCUCCAACAGGCAAUGAAAGCAUUGUCAUCCAAGAACGUUGAACGUGUGAACUCGUUGCUUAACACUGUUUUGUCAGAUGUUGGAGCUUGUAGACACGAGUAUGCGGGAAAACUCUCCCCCUUUGCUAAUUAUGAUGACACGGUUACAAAGAUGACUAGAAGUUGCCUCGUAGUUCUUCGUUUGGCUGCUCCGUCAACCCCUACGCAUGCUUAUACAAAUGACAAUGACUCCAUCAAGAUAUCAUGAUGUUUGAUUUCAGACCACCAUGUUAGUGUUUCACUUGCGUUUAUCGUUUGUUGGGUUGAGAGACUACUAGACCAGUUAUUGUGCCUAAAAAACGAAUGUAACAGACGUUCGAGGGAAUGUACCAUUGAAAUUAAGAAUCUUAAUGUGAAGUUCGAUUACCAUAAUCAAUCUUAACUUAGAUACUAACAUAAGUAGAGGCUAUUUGUUUCAAAGAAUAUACAUGGUUUCUGGCACAAAUAUAUGAUUGAAUAUUACAUCUUUGCACAUUGUUCUCAAAAGGUUGAAGCAUGACCUUGCAUCAAAACCAUCUUACGUUCAUUGCGUGAGAAGUAAGUCAAACUCAUUGAUACAGCUAAAGUCGCUCUUAUGACUCCAAGCAAACUAUUCCCUUAACGCCCAAAAGUAAAUUCUUUAUAAAUCAUGUUCAUCCUUGGUAAUACUGAUAUUGAGCUAGGCUUAAUUCUCAUUAACCAUCUCGAUCAAACCUUCAAGCCUAUAUAUAUAUAUAGGGUAAGGUUCAUGCGAGAACCACCUUUA